UUUUUUAUUGAAGCCAGAACCUCGAGCCGUCGAGGCAUGCACCUUACUUUAAAUCAUGCUCCCUACGAGCCCAAACAUCGGGAAUACCGUGAAGUCCGCCCUCGCCGGUUUGUGGAUCACUUUUAACGUCUGUUCCGUAGGUGUUCACGGCCAGGAGGGUAAUGGCUGUGGAAACACGCUGCUGGGAACCGAGUCUGGCACUUUAGCCUCUCAGAACUACCCAGGCACCUACCCCAGCAACACCUGGUGCAAGUGGAGGCUUCGAGUGCCGGAAGGUCGGACGCUCCGACUGCUGUUCGGGGAUUUCGACAUCGAGACCAGUCCGGGCUGCAACAAUGGCUCUAUGGUGAUCACAGACAAAAAUGGAGAUCGCAGCCUGGGUCCAGUUUGCGGGAAGCUUGAUGCGGCACAGAAAAACAUUACGCUAAAAAAUAAUGAAGCAACGAUAAUAUUUAAGUCGGGCCCACAUCGUUCUGGACGAGGGUUUCUACUUUCAUACGCCACAGACCAGAAUCCAGAUCUUAUUUCUUGUUUACAACGAGGAUCUCAUUUUAGCUCGCAGCAUUUGAGCGUGUACUGCCCUGCUGGAUGUAAGAAUGUCACUGGAGACGUGUGGGGGAACUCUGAGCAGGGUUACAGAGAUACCUCAGUCCUGUGCAAGUCUGCAGUCCACGCUGGAGCUACAUCUGAUAGUUUGGGAGGUCGCGUCACUGUGAAUCGUGGGAGAAGUCUUACACUCUAUGAAUCCACCUUUGCCAAUGGAAUCCUCUCAAAAAUGGGAUCAUUAUCUGAAAAGAAGCUGCUUUUCAGCCAAGAAUGUAACAACAUCCUGGCUGUUUCUGGUUUAAAUGCCUCAUCUUUCUGGGAUAAAAACAGUGACGAGCACAGAAUGUUCUGGUCCUCCAGCAACAUGGACACUAGCCAUGAGUUCCUACUCUGGGCAGCAGGCAGCACUGAUCCUAAUCCAUGGGUGGAGGUGGAGCUGAGUGAUAGAAGCACUGUCACAGGAAUAAUAACAACCGGAUCAAAUCAGUACUACAUAGAAUCCUACAUUCUGUUUGUCAGCAAGGACAGAAAGAACUGGAAGCUUUACAAAGGUGCUCUGAGCAAAGAAAAAAAGGUGUUUCAGGCCUACACUGAUGGCCACCUCAGGGUGCUCAACAGCUUGUUUCCUCCUGUGGUGGCUCGAUUUGUUCGGCUACAGCCUCUAAACUGGCACGGAAGAGCUUCAGCUCAGCUCCAAGUUCUGGGCUGUCCCACUGCAAAGUUCACACCGAGGUCACGCUCACCCGCAGAAUCUCCGUCCAUCAAAGUUAGCGUGGCUACACCGCCUCCAAGCUCCUCUCCCAUCCCCACAGAAGGCCCGGUGAUAAUGGAAACAACACUAAGCUCCAGUCAGCCAGUGAUCGUGGCCAUAGGAGUGGUCCUGGGGCUGCUAAUGUGCGGGAGUUGUUUGCUGGCUGGAGUCUGGUGGAAACGAAGGAAAAAAGAUUCACAAAUGAAGUACUCCUUACCCACAAGUUCUCAAGGUUUCAAGGCAAAGAGUCUCCCCUGCCCACAAUCUGAGCUUAUCUCCUACCCUCUGGAGCGAAAUAUCCACGAUGCUCUACCUAACCCUCCUCUUAACGAUUAUGCCGAACCUGCUCUCUCAACUACUGGACAGAAGAUUAGGUCAACAUUUAGACCUUCGUCAGAUGAGGGCUACACCACCCCCUUCACCUGCAGCCAUUACGACACUCCUGGAAACCUUCCAGAGUAUGCAGAGCCACUUCCUCCAGAGCCCGAGUAUGCUACCCCGUUCGGUGAUCAGCCUUCAGAGUCCAGCCUUACAACUCUGUCAGGGAUCUCUCACACUAACACACAUGGACCUUUGGCUGGUGCCAGGACGACACCAGGCCACAGUCAGUAUGACUGCCCUUCACACAGGAUGCUGUUCAACGGCUACUGCACUCCUGCUCUACAUGCCAGUGGCCCACGACCAGUCAGUGUGAUCUAUGCAGAGCCCAAGUCGUCUGACUCUUUACUACAGAAGCACACAUAUGAAGAGCCUUUGUGAACACAGCAAGCUCAGACUUGUAGAAAAAAAAGGCUGUGUGACAGAACCAGAGGAAACAUUUGGUGUCCUCUCAAGUGGACACUAAGCUGGACAGUGCUGUCCAGAGUACAUUAAUGCUUCCAGCAAGUGAUGCACACAAAGUAAAGGAGUCACUUUGGACCCAUGUGAGGGUGCCCUGCUCAGAGAGCCAUAUGGACACAAAUAUUUCCUUCCAGGAAGUAUGCCGUAGUACAAAUUUAUUUUCUGGUGGUGCACAAAGAAAACAGGUUCCAUGGUGUCUCAGAGAUACUGUUUAUUCGUGAAAUGUUUAAUCACAAGCUGCACUUUCUGAAAACACAUACAGAAAUGUAUGCUUCAGUCUAUUUAACAGGCCAAUGCAAGAAAGUGGAUGGAGUAUGUUACUUGUCGUCACAAACAUAGUAUUCACAAUGUAUAACUGCAACACUUUUACAAAAAAAAACAACACCUAAGAAGCACUAUAAAAGGUACACUGUAACAAAGAGUGUUGUUAUGAUUAUAUUUAACCACUAGGUGGCUCUCACGAGCUUCACACAUCUAACAGUUAAGGAUUGUGUAAUGAAUUGACUGCUGGUUCUAAGUGUUUGGGUAAUAAUCACCGAAUUUGUAACACACAUAGUAAAAGUACAAACAUGUUGGUGGAAAAAAGAAAUAGUGGAAAAGGAUUGCAGUAUAUUCGAGAGGCACAACAGGCAAGGUGUCGUUGUGAUUAGGAUGGACUGUCCUCGUGGACGUACACUCCUGUGAUUCAACAAGCGUCCUUGACCAAGAAACAUAACGUACAAACCCCAGAGAAAGAUUACUUUUCAUUUUGAGGGGUUCCAGUACUUCCUAGGCCUUUGACACUAUACAGCAACUUUCCCUACCAGUGAGAAACACUCAAACUUGAGUGAGGAUGACUGUCUUUACAUAGAAUUCUAUACUAUGCAAAUUCCGCUGGAUAAUUUGAUUUCUGUAUGGGAAAUAUAGGUUUAAAAUUGAUUAAAUUACUAAAUAAGCUUACAUAGAAUUGCUGUUCACACACUGAAAAAACAGCAGAUUUGUAUUUAAGUUAGAAAAUUGUACUUUUUUUUACUACAAGGCAUUUUUUAUAAUAAGGGUAAGUCCUUAAUUCUAUAAGAAAAUGUUACUAAGAAAGCCUCUAAAAAUAAUGAAAAUCCUCUGUGGUGUCACAAUGCAACAAGAGGAAUACCUCUUCCACUGCUGAAUAAGGCACAAUAAAACAGUUGUAUUAACAGAAA